AUGUUCAAACCUAUUGAAAAUACGUUUCUUUACUUCGCAUACGGCAGCAAUUUACUAAAAAAAAGGAUUCACAUAAAUAACCCAUCAGCACAAUUUUUAGGAAGCGGCCGGCUGGACGACCAUCAGCUUGAUUUUAUGAAAUAUUCAGAGAAUUGGCGCGGUACAUCUGCCACUAUUAUACCCACAAAAGAUUCUCAUGUUUGGGGGGCAAUAUGGAGAAUUAAUAAUGCUGAUAUGGAAGCAUUAGACAGGCAAGAGGGUGUAGAUACCAACUGGUACUUUCCGAAACAAGUAGACGUACUCAUUUCUGAUGGUUCUAAAGUCAAUUGUCGGACUUAUCAACAAACUAUCAAUCCGCCGCAGCGUGAAAAAGGUAAAGAGUUACCAGAAGAACGAAGGCCGUGCAUAACAUAUCUAGAUUGCAUCGUAAAAGGUGCAAUCGAAUGCGAAUUACCAGAAUAUUACGUUGAAGAAUUAAAAAAAAUACCCAAUAACGGAAAAGUUGCACCAUCUGCAAUGAUUGAGAAAUUAGCCCAAUCACUAUGA